ACCAUACUGAGGCAUCUUGAUUCAGAAGUCGCACCCCCAUCGUCCAUGCAAUUCAAGCACGAGUUCAACCAUUGAACGCCUCGACUGUGCCAACUCGAAGUUAUUGCUGAGAUGUGCAGGUAGCUGUACCAAACCGAACGGCAUCGCGACAUUGGUGCACUCCAACAUGCCUCGGCGUGUCCAGAACUACGAUGACUACGGCAUCGCAGUUCAAGAGAUCAUCGUCCUCUCUUCCAAUGCCGACUUCUUGGAUCAACUCAUUCCUGUGUUGAAGGACGCAUCCAGCUCAGGCCGCACCCCUGCACUAUUGCAAACACUCUCACAAUACUCCGAAGGCAGAGAAGCAGAUAUUGAAAGAAUCGGUCUCACCAAGCACGAGGAGUUUCUUGGCUCAGUCACUCAGCUGCAGCAGAUUCGCGAAGGGACUGUGACUUUGACUGCAGAAAUUCUUGAGCUCAACGAGUCCAUCCAGUCAAGCACAGAGAAGUUGGCAGACCAAAAACGGGGACUUGUCAAUACGAGAGCUGUCCGACAAAACAUCGCCGAUGCCUCCAACGCGUUACAGGACUCUUUGAGGAUACUUUAUGCCGUGAAUAAUGCACACGAGCUGAUUCGCAAGAAGAAAUACUAUGCAGCCCUGAAAUCCCUAGAGGACUUGCAGAACGAGCACCUUGUGCCAAUCAUACAAAAUAAAUACGCCACGCAGCACAAGUUGGCUGAUGUCAUUCAAAAAUCCAUCCCACAGUCGCAGAAGUCGAUAUCUGAAGCCGUCAUGACGGACCUCAACACCUGGCUAUUCCGUAUUCGUGAGACGUCUCAAUUUCUCGGCGAAGUGGCCUUCUAUCAUACGGAACUUCGACGGGCCAGGCAGCGAGAGAGAAUCGAAAGCGACUCUUAUUUGAAUCGAUUCAAACUCAACUCAUCCAUUGAGCUGGCGUAUGACGAAAGUGAGGAGUUUGACGAGUUGGAUAACGAGGAGCUUCAAGUUGACUUCACCCCUCUUUUCGAAUGCCUGCAUAUUCACGACGCACUUGGACAGAGGGAUAGAUUCCGCGCUGAAUAUUCUGCCACACGGCGGCAGCAAAAGGACUUGUUGCUGCCAGGUACUGUAGGACUGACAGCCGAAGACGAGAACUCACUAAGCAGCUUACUCGAAGGAGUUGCGGGGUUUGCCAUAGUCGAGAAGGCGACCAUGCGAAGAACACCUAAUUUGCGAUCAAUCGCUGAUGUCGACGAGCUUUGGGAUUCUAUGUGCCAUACUGCGAUUGGGUUGACAUCGACAGCACUAGACGAAGUCAGCAACGCCGAAGUUCUUUUGAAAAUUAAAGGUGUCAUGGCUCUCUUCAUCCAGACCAUGGAGGGCUGGGGCUACUCCGUGACAGCACUGGAUGCAUUUCUGUUGACCCUGUUCGACAAGUAUGCGGAGCUUCUAAAGCGUCGCUUCAGUGAGGACUUUCAGGAGGUACACAUUCUUCAUUUCUUGUACAGAAGUGGGAGCUCUGCUAAUGGAGGAAGAUUGUCUCUACCGACGACUACAUGCCCAUGGCUAUCAACAGCCUUGAAGAGUACGAGAAAGUCGUUAAUGUUAGCUGGUUUUCGCAGGACAAGUCACCGGAAGACCUCAGGUGAGCAUCUGCAAACUAAGCCGGGAGUCACGGGCAUCUCUCUAGACGAGUUAUUGACCGAUAAGGUCUGCAAAUCCUUGGUAGAGCGUCUGAGCUCUCAGUAUCUUGGCCAGAUCGUCCAAAUUCUUAUCAACCUGGAACAUUUUGAGGCUGCUUGCCAAGAAUUGGAACAGCUCCUGAUACGAGCGCGGUCAUCAACCUCUGCGGGAGGUCCUGUGACGCUGGGUGCGACCGAGCAGUUUCGGAACAACAAGAAGACGGCGGAGAAGCGCAUAUUUGAACUCGUUAACUCCAAGAUCGACGAUUUGGUCGAUACGGCCGAAUACGACUGGAUGACCUCCACGGCGCCAACAGACCCAAGCAAUUACAUGCAAACAUUAAUACGCUACCUUUCCAACAUAAUGAACUCAACUCUCCUUGGCCUCCCACGGGAGAUCAAGGAACUCAUCUAUUUUGAUGCACUGAGUCACGCCGCGAACAAAAUUUUGGCUCUCCCGCUCUCUUCGGAGGUCAAACACAUCAACACCCAUGCCGUCUCGGCAUUAGCCAUCGACGUGCAUUAUCUCACAGAGUUUGUGGACAGCCUUGAAAAUGGAGCUAUGCUUCGUGAAAAUUUAGAUGAGCUUCAGCAGACUGUCAACCUGCUGCAAUCGGACAACCACGACGAGUUCUUCGAUAUCUCUAUCCGCAACAAGAAAUUCGGAAGAGUGGACGCCCUGAACGGUCCUAUGCUUUUAGAGAAACUCACAACACAGGCAGCGCCACUAACGCGCACCGCUCCCCUGUCCAACUUCUCCUCUCGUUUUGGCAUGAUGAAAUAA